GCAUUGAGGAUAAUACUAAAUGGUCCCCAAAUUUCAUUUACAACACUGCAUACACUUAUAAGAGAUUCACUUGUUGAUAACUUAAAAUUUUAAUAUUUUAAAGAUAAAAAUAAAGUAUUUAGUAGCUUAUAAUAUGAGUAAUUGAAAAGUAUAUAUCAAUAAUUAUAAAUUAGUCAAAGUUUCAAUGGAAAUAUUUGUAAGAUGAGGAAAACAUUGUGAAACAUAUGAUUGUUCAAAUUAAAAUUUGUGAUAAAUUUUUUUAAACUUAAUGGUUUUUUUGAAAUAAAAGUUUGAUAAAAUUUAAUCAUUAACCAAAAAAAAAGUGCCUAAAAUGAUGUCUCUAAUGAGUGUCCCCAGCUUGGGCGAGAAUGAACAAAUUUGCAAUUGCCUGGAGCGUGGAACGAUGAUAACAAAAUACUAUCAGAAAAAGCGGCCCGAAAAGAAAUUAUUAAGCCUACGACGUGAGACUAGACAGAUUUUGGUCAAUCCAAUUACAGCGGCAACAACGUCAUCAACAUCAUCAUCUAGCAAUGCAUCACGUAAUUCUUAUGAGUUUUCACUUGAACUGCGUGAAAUUAAGGAAAUUCGUUUUGGCAAAAAUUCUAAAGAUUUUGAUAAAUGGGAAGAGAGUAAAAAAAUCGAUUAUCAGAAAUGUUUUGUGAUUCUUUAUGGAAACGAAUUCAAGCUCAAAACAUUUUCAGCAGUUGCACAUUCGGAAAAAGAAUGCGAUAUGUGGAUUAAAGGCCUAAAGUAUAUGCUUAGUGAUACAAUCAAUUCUCCAUAUCCAAUACAGGUCGAAAGAUGGCUCCGAAAAGAAUUUUACGCAAUGGAAAACAACAAUAAAGCCGUGACGUUGAAAGAGGUGAAGGCAUUUUUACCCAAGAUCAAUUACAAAAUAUCGACAUCGGAUUUAAACCGACAUUUUUUAGCUGUUGACACGCGUAAAAGAAAUGAGAUCGGAUUUGAUGAUUUUACACGUCUCUAUCAAAAUUUGAUUAACGUCCCGACAUUUUUAUUUGAAUGUUUCAAUAGUCAGAUGCCUUAUUCCGAGAACAGUGAAACAGUCUCGUUAAAAGAAUUUCAACGAUUUUUAUUGAAUGAACAAAAUGAUGAGAAAGCAAAUGAUGAUCAAUCCAUAUCGAAUUUUAUUCAAGACUUUGUUCAGGACACACAAAGAGAAGUGCAGGAGCCUUAUUUUACAAUCAAUGAAUUCGUGGAUUAUUUAUUCUCUAAACAAAAUGAAAUAUGGAAUGGCAAGUGCAAUCGUGUUUAUCAAGAUAUGACAAAACCACUUUGCGAUUACUGGAUAUCCUCGUCGCACAAUACAUAUCUUUUUGGUGAUCAGUUUUCUAGUGAAUCCUCAACGGAGGCAUAUGUACGUGCUCUACGUAUGGGAUGCCGAUGCAUUGAACUUGACUGCUGGGAUGGUCCAGAUGGUCCACUUAUUUUUCAUGGCCAUACAUUUACCACUAAAAUAAAAUUCAAAGAUGUCAUCAAGACAAUCAAAGAACAUGCAUUUGUAACUUCACAAUUCCCACUCAUUUUGUCAAUUGAACAGAACUGUACGUUGCCUCAACAACGAAGGAUGGCACAGUUGAUGUUAGAAGUUUUUGGUGAUAUGCUAUUAAUACAACCUGUUGAAAAAAACGAAUCAAAACUGCCAUCGCCGUAUUCUUUAAAGAGAAAAAUUAUUUUAAAACAUAAGAAACUUGUGUAUUAUGAAGGAGCAAGUCAUAAUGCUUUUUUCGUUGAUGAUUCAAAUGGUGUAACUAGAAGCGAAGUUCAACUUCGACAAGAUGAUAAUGAACUAGAUAUACGUAAUACAGUCAAGAAUGGAGUUUUAUAUUUAGAAGAUCCUGUUGACAAAGUCUGGAAUCCUCAUUUCUUUGUUUUGACACCAAAUAAUAAAGUAUUUUACACUGACAGCUACAGACUCGAUAGAGAUGAUGCACGUGAUGAGGAAGCAGAAAAUUUGAAUAGGCCAAAAGAACAAGCAUCGAACGACGAAUUGCAUUUUGGUGAAAAUUGGUUUCACGGAAAGCUUUCAGGAGGCAGAAAUGAAGCAGAAAAUUUGUUACGUCAAUAUUCUCAUUUGGGUGAUGGUACAUUUUUGGUGCGUGAAUCUGUUACAUUUGUCGGCGAUUAUUGCUUAUCGUUUUGGAGGAAAAAUAAGCCAAACCAUUGCAGGAUAAAGAUAAAACAAGAACGGGGUAGCACAAAGUAUUAUUUAUUUGAAAAUGUUUUGUUCGACAAUCUCUACAGCUUAAUAAUGUAUUAUCGACAAAACAUGUUGCGGUCUUCCGAAUUUUCAAUAACUUUAAAAGAACCCGUACCUCAACAAAAUAAACAUGAAAUGUGUGAAUGGUAUUUCGCUAACACCACACGCGAGCAAAGUGAAAUGAUUUUAUCUCAAAUGCCAAAUGAUGGAAGUUUCCUCGUACGCCCAAGUGACAAAGGACAGAACACCUACGUUAUAUCAUUUAGAGCACAUCAAAAAAUUAAACAUUGCCUUAUAAAAAGUGAAGGACGACUAUAUGAAGUUGGAACAAUGAAAUUCGAGAGUCUUAUUGACCUCGUUAAUUUCUACAUGAAAUUUCCACUAUAUCGCAAAGUAAAAUUGAUUUAUCCGGUCUCUAAAGACAUAGCAAAAAGAAUGGGAGAUAUCUCGCUUCUUGAUGAUGACAAUGCUUAUACAUCUUCUGGAUAUAUGGACCCGUCAACAGUUGCAAGAGAUAAAAUUACGGUUAAAGCUCUCUACGAUUAUAAAGCACAGCAUGACGAUGAACUUUCGUUUUGUAAGCAUGCUAUAAUUACUAAUGUUGAUAAAAAGAACAAUGAACUUUGGUGGCGCGGUGAUUAUGGUGGCAAAAUACAACACUAUUUUCCAGCAAAUUAUGUUCAAGAAAUAAACAAUCUUGAUAGCCUCGAAGUUGAUGAAAAUUCAAAUGAUUCUGUAUUAGGGAAUCUACAAAAAGGUUCUAUUGACGUAAGUGGAGCAAUUGUUGAUCUCGCAUUAAUCCCAGGUGCUGAAAUAGAAUGGAUUCUUCGUAUUCAAACGCCUUCAAUGCAGAAUAUAUUUGAGGUAGGAGCACAAACUAAAGAAGCUGCAAUAGAAUGGCGCCAAGCAAUAAUGGAAGCUGCACAAAAUGCAAGUGUUUUAGAGAAUGAACGUCGAAAAAUGGAAAGAAAUUCAAAAGUUGCAAAAGAAAUGUCUGACUUGAUUAUUUACUGUAGAAGUGUUCCAUUUAAGAAUGCUGGAUGGUUGUUUUAUGAGAUGUCAUCAUUUGCUGAAACAAAAGCUGAAAAAUAUUUCUUACAACAGGAAAUGAAGCUCUUCUUACGUUACCACCGUAAUCAAAUAAGUCGUGUAUAUCCAAAAGGCCAACGACUCGACUCAUCAAACUUUAAUCCAAUGCCUUUUUGGAAUAUUGGUUCCCAAAUGAUUGCUCUUAACUUUCAAACACCUGAUAAGCCGAUGCAAGUUUUAAUGGGAAAAUUCCGAGAUAAUGGAGGAUGUGGUUACGUGUUGAAACCCGAAUUUAUGUUAAAAGAUGAUUUUGAUCCAAAUGACUCUGCAUCUGAUGGCUUAGAUCAAGUUCUUGUUUCAAUACGUAUAAUAGCUGCUCGACAUCUCUUUAAAAGUGGGCGAACAAAUAUAUCAAGCCCAUUGGUUGAAGUGGAAAUUCUCGGCGCACCUUACGAGACUGGCAUUAAGCAUCGAACGAAAGCUAUUUCGGAUAAUGGCUUUAAUCCGAUUUGGAAUGAAAUAUGUGAGUUUCGCGUUAGAAAUUCUGCAUUUGCCUUAUUAAGAUUUGAAGUACAAGAUGAAGAUAUGUUUGGCGAGAAAAAUAUCAUUGGGCAGGCAACUUUCCCCAUCAAUUGUUUACGUACAGGUUACCGUAGUGUACCAUUAAGAAAUAAAUAUAGCGAGGAAUUGGAAUUGGCAGCACUUCUUGUGCACUUCUCAAUAAAACAAGUCAAAGAGCAUUAAGCUAGUAUAAAUAAUUGUCAAACUAAGCAUUUCUCCACAAAACGCAAUUUGAAUGAGUCAUAUUAUUUACACAGUCUAAUACAUUUCAUUUCAUAAAUAAUAAAAAAAAAUAUCACUAUAGUUAUAUUAGUAUUGUCUUCAUACGUCAGAGAAGUAUAAAACAAUUUAUGUUAUAAAAUGAAAAUGUUUAAUCAUAAUUUAUAUGUUUACAGUUUAUAUCAAA